AUGCAGCAGGCGACGGGCCGGGGCAGCUGCGCGGGGCCGGGACGGGCGGUGCACGGGCGGCGUGGGGCCGGGACGUGCGGUGCACGUGCGGCGUGGGGCCGGGACGGCGGCGCGCUGCCGGAACGGGUGGCGCACGGGCGGCGUGGGGCCAGGACGGGCGGCGCACGGGCGGAGUGGAAGCCGGGACCACGGCGCGGGGCCGGGACGAGCGGCGCACGGGCAGCGGGUGCUCCCCCUCCCCCCUUUUCCCCUCUGUUGCCUCUGCUGCUGCCGUCGACUUCGUUGGCACCGAGUCGGUCGGCGCUGCGUCUGCCCCUAGCGAGGGACGCCGCACCGGCAAGGGCAAGGGGGGCAAGGGCGCUGGAGGGGCUGGCGGGGGCGGUGGAGGUGGAGGUGGAGGAGGCGGAGGGAGUGGGGGUGGUGGUGGGAGUGGUGGCGGGGGUGGGGGCUUCGGUGGCGGCGGUGGCGGCGGAGGCCGCGGCGGCGGUGGCGGUGGGAGCGGAGGAGGAGGCGGUGGCGGCGGUGGCGGAGGUGGCGGUGGAGGAGGUGGAGCUCUUCGAGGUGGAGCUCGUCGAGGUGGCUCUGCGCAACGGGGCGGCUUAG